UCAUAGCACCUGCCUGCAGCUUGACCAUGGCAUUUUUCCGCAAAUGGAAAACCCACUACAAACACAAAAAAUUCACAUCAGACGAUGUCAUAGACGGUGAAGAUUGGGGUCUAGGCGGUGCUGAUAAGAACAUCAAAGAAUCCGCUGGUGGCAAAAAAGCUGAUUCCGAUGAUAUGAAAUUCAAUUUUGAGGGAUCCCUUGAAGCUGAUGGCGAAGAAGAUAAUAAGCCGAUUUUCCAGACCUAUGAACUUAAAUAUCUCGGUUGUACACCCAUCGAGAAUAAACGUUCCGAGAAGAUAACAUCGGAGGCUAUAAAAACUGUGAUUGCUAAUGCCAAAGCGGGUGGUCGUAAGAUCAAGACCCAAAAACGUGUUAAAGUCAUUAUCACCGAAGAGGGUAUUGAGGUGAUGGAUCAUGUCAGUGAUGAAUCGUUGAUGCGUUUUUCGAUUUAUAAAAUUUCCUAUUGUUCUGUGGAUGCUGCCCACGAUCAUGCCUUUUCGUUUGUGGGCUCUGAACCUGAUCCGCUGUCGGACAAAGAGAAAAUGUCUUGUCAUGUAUUUUUGUGUCCGAAACGUAAGAUAGCCCAUGAAAUAACAUUGCUGGUGGCCCGCUGCUUUGAGAAUGCCUAUCAAAAUUGGCGUGAUACGGUGGUGCAUCAGGUGAAGAAUCCCAUUAAUGGUGGUAUGACCGUUACCACUACCACAAUUGGCAAUAGUAAUAACAACAACAACAAGAAUGAAAGUAAUAACAUUCUAAAGGAACAAAAUGGCAAUGCUGUCUUCCAAUCUAAAGCCGAUGUCCAUAUCACUUCACAUUUGGAUGAGAAGAAGAGUGAUAACCCAUUAAUAGAUUUGGCUGCCACCGAUAGUGAUGUACGAAAAUAUUUACAAAACACAUGGGUAUCGUUCGACGAUGAACCGGAAGGUUUUCAUUUGGUGGCAUGUUAA